GCAAGGUUACACCAAACCCACAUCUGGUCACCGGAUGUUGAUUGAAUUGUGUAUAUGUCAGGUAUAUAGAACACAAAUUUGUGGGGGUAAUGUGUUUGAGUGAUUGAUUUUAAAUCAUGAAGCGAGUUGGCUAUUGGUUGAGCGAGGAAAAGAGCAAGAAACUUAAUUUUGAGCGGUGUUUAGAAUUGUACAGAAAAGCAGGAGUACAGUUAGUCAAGCUAGACCUUGAGACGCCAUUGGAAGGUCAGGGACCGUUCCACAUGAUUCUUCACAAGUUCAUUGACAUUCUAGCUCUGUCACAACUUGGCUACGAGAGGGAACAUCGAUAUAUGAGAAAUAUUGAGGAGUUUAUCAGCAGACGCCCGGACUGUAUCAUAGUGAACCCUCUGGAUCGCUUGCAGCAGUUCAUUGACAGGAAACGCCUGUUCAGAACGGUUCAGGAAUGUUGUAACGAGAACACUGACACGGGAGUUUUUCUCCCUCCCUUUGCUGACCUCACAAGUAACGACGUUGACGGAAACCGAGCGAGGCUGAUGGAAGCCAAUGUUCGGUACCCUUUUGUUUGCAAACCGGUCAAUGCACAUGGAACGGAAGACUGUCAUAUGAUGGCGAUAGUCUUCAAUGAGGCCGGCCUGUGUGACGUCACAGCGCCCUGCGUGGCUCAUCAGUUCAUCAACCACGACGCCACCUUGUACAAGGUGUUCAAGAUUGGCCGGAAGCAGUACGUCAUUCGGCGCCCCUCGCUACGGAAUCUCUUUGUCGAAGACGGUCAGACUACAGUAUUUUUCAACACCCGAGACGUGAGCAAAAAGCACUCCGCUCAUCUGCUGACAAAACCAGAACCUUCUUCGUCUGAAAGUGCUCCAUUAGCGCCCGAAGCGUACAAACUAGACGUCUUUUGCGAAGCGUUACGUCAGAAACUGGGCGUCGACAUGUUUGGCGUUGACGUCAUAGUGGACCGCGAUACCCACAGAUGCGCUGUAAUUGACGUGAACUUCUUUCCUGGUUAUAACGAGGUAGAGACGUUUUUCGCAGAUCUCUUGGAGUAUUUAAGCUCCUUAUUCGCCCGACAAAAACAAGACCUGCCAACCGCGGAAAUGCCAUAGACGCUCCUAUAGGACGUGUUGUGUGUGGACAAGUGUUGGAGCUUCCAUAGAAGCCUCGUUCUAGAAAAACUGGGCUUAAUGCAUGUUCAUAAUGUGUCGUCAUAGAUAAGCCUGUGCAUUCCGCGUUUUUAAUCUAAAAUGGCAUGUACUGUAUAAAAUGAUAGAAAGGUGGCAUUAUACUUUUUUUCAAAUAAAAUAUACCCUUAAUUCCACUUAAUUUUUAAAAGCAGUAAAAUAAUAUAUAAGUUCUAAAUUAUUGGGUUAUAAAUAUUUGCAACUUGAUCCGUGCUAAAACGCAGUUAUAUUACACGCAUUACUAUAACUUUACCGGGCGCUAUUUAUAUAAAAAAAAAUCUGCAUAUUAAUCAUCGAUAUCUGUGUGGUAAAGAACGUUCAAUACUAUUAUACGAUAUAUACUGCAACACGGUUGACUCGCGGUACUUGAGGACUAUUCUCUUGCGUCUGGAAACGAUCAUCAUAUAUCACAUAAAUGAUUUAAAGGACAAUCAAAUUUAACUUAACUUUAUUGGAAAACUGCCUUUUUAUGACGAAAAUCCUUCAAUAUAAACUGCCGUAGAAACAAAUCCAACACCACUGUCCGCCAUUGUUGUUUAUUUUUUCUCCCGGUUUAUUCGCGGUAAAUAGGUUAAACAGCACCAAUUUUAUAUUAAACAUGAAUAAUCAAAGCUCUGGCAUAUCAUUUAAAGUAAAAAUCAAUAAGUUAUAUAACAAUUUAAAUAUAUGGAAUUUAAGACAUCAAAUAAAAUAAAUAGCACAGUUAUUUUCAAGCAAUGUCGUAUUGUUUCGUUACGACAAUUAACUGAACUAUAAAAAUUUAAAUAUUGUUAAAGUCUGAGUUUUAUGACAUUUAAUUACAAAAACAUCGCUUCCAAUCUGUAGCUAGAGAUGUUUUCUGUCAGAUUUGAUAAGAAGGGCAUGCAGGUUUGUUUAUUAACAAAAUCCAGAGGGCGCCAAUGAUAUACCGCGACUCAACCUGACGGGCGAGUUAACCGGGUUUGAGUAUAUUAUAUAUUAAUUUAUAAAAAAAGUAAGUAUAACUUGUAAUAAUUUUGCUAUUACUAUUUCGCCUGUUAAGAAAUUCGGAAAUGUAGUUUAUAUUGUGUACUUUUUUAUUUUUGUAUAUUUUUUUAUAUAUUUAUUCUUUUUUAAAGUCAAUAAAGGUGUCAUCACA